AUGGCUCCCACAUACCUGGAGACAAUCCUGCUUGUCUGCUGCGUUGUGACCAUGUUCAGUUCAACCUCAGCUGCAUACGGUCCUAGGAGACUUUACUGUUGUGUGGAGUACCAGGAGAAGCCUGUACCUUACCAGCAGAUAAAAGGCUACCAACUACAGAGCUCCAAGGAGGUGUGCAACAUCGAUGCUAUCAUCUUCUACAUCGUGAAGAAGAAAAAGGUGUGCGCCACAGUUAAGGACGAAUGGGUGAGGAAGGCUCUGGCUCUUCUCAGCUCCAAACUGAAGUAG